GCCAGUCUGAGGUUAAGACGCGCGCGUGACCACGGGCGGCGUGACCGAGGCUGCGGCGGCGGCGCGCUCCGGGCCCCGUGGCGGGAGCGAGGCCGACGGGCGGGGCGGCUCAGUCGCGUGACGGGGAGCGCUCGAGAGCGCGCGGCCUGGAACGUCUCGGUGGUCCCGGAGAGCGCGCGCGCGAGGCCUUGGAAACCUCGGGACCGACCCGCGGCCAGCCCAGCGGCUACGCGUGUCGGGGAGCUGGAGCUGGCCCGGGCCGCCUCGCGGGGAGCUCUCGAGGCGACGCCGGGGCGCCCGAGGUCUGGAAGGCGCGGGUGGGGCGGCGGGGAGUUCACCCCUGCGCGGUCCCCUGGGUGGGCGGCGUGAGCGCCCCGGGGGCCCGCGGACCCCGCGGGGAGGCAGAGCCGGCGAGGGUCGCGGGACGAGGGCGGAGGCGGCCGGGGCCUCAUCCAGGUCUCAGGAAGGGAGCGAUUUCGUGAGAGAAUAGUUUGAGAAGUUGUUCUGCGUCCCCUCCCCCGCCCCGGUGUCGUGCUUAGGGAACCUUCGGCCUCUCCUCCUUGGACUUUGUAGUUGGAGGGGGCCCUUCCCGCCCGCUUCGCGUCGCGGGGUCCUUUUCGGAGCAUCGCUGUUCAUCCUUCUCCCGGCCCCACCCGCGUUGUUUACUUUGGGUUCGCAGAUCUCCCAGUUCUUUCGCCCUCCCCGCAGCGCCCGCUGCAGUGUCCAGGCUCGGCAGCCUUGCUCUGCCAGGAGGCCCGGGAACAACUGAGGUUGUAUUGGGAUGGGCUGCGCGUGAUUUGUCUCUUUACAGAACAUCCCUGCGUGCUUCCCAGGGAUUGAGCUGCGCGGAGGAUCCCUCGGACUUGACCGUGGGCCUGAGAAAAGUUUCCCUUGGAAUGCGCAGGAUGGAGAUGAAGCAAGGAAGGUUAUUAAGCAACCCUGUGGAAUUAGCCCUCCCACUCCACCCUACACACAGGCAAACUCUUCUUUCUCAGGAGCCAUCUUGUUUCCUCCAUUCACACAUUGUUUAAGAAAUCUUUCAUCACACUGUAAAAUAAGCUUAGAAAUAAAGGUAUACCCAAGAAAUGGAGCAAGAGCCACAAAAUGGAGAACCUGCUGAAAUUAAGAUCAUCCGAGAAGCAUAUAAGAAGGCCUUUUUAUUUGUUAACAAAGGCCUGAAUACAGAUGAAUUAGGUCAGAAGGAAGAAGCAAAGAACUACUAUAAGCAAGGAAUAGGACACCUGCUCAGAGGGAUCAGCAUUUCAUCAACAGAGCCUGAACACACAGGCCCGGGGUGGGAAUCUGCUAGACAGAUGCAGCAGAAAAUGAAAGAAACACUACAGAAUGUACGCACCAGACUGGAAAUUCUAGAGAAGGGUCUUGCCACUUCUCUACAGAAUGAUCUUCAGGAAGUGCCCAAGCUAUAUCCAGAAUUUCCACCUAAAGACAUGGGUGAAAAAUUACCAGAGCCUCAGUCUUUUAGUUCAACUCCCCAGCAUGCUGAAGUAAAUGGAAACACUUCAACUUCAAGUGCAGGGGCAGUUGCUGCACCUGCUUCUCUCUCUCCACCAUCACAGAGUUGUCCAGCAGAAGCUCCUCCUGCUUAUACUCCUCAGGCUGCUGAAGGUCACUACACUGUAUCCUAUGGAACAGAUUCCGGGGAGUUUUCAUCAGUCGGGGAAGAGUUUUAUAGGAAUCAUUCUCAGCCGCCGCCUCUUGAGACCUUAGGGUUAGAUGCAGAUGAAUUGAUUUUGAUACCAAAUGGAGUGCAGAUUUUUUUUGUAAAUCCUGCAGGGGAGGUUAGUGCACCUUCGUAUCCUGGGUACCUUCGAAUUGUGAGGUUUUUAGAUAAUUCUCUUGAUACGGUUCUAAAUCGUCCUCCCGGGUUUCUUCAGGUUUGUGACUGGUUAUACCCUCUAGUUCCUGAUAGAUCUCCAGUUCUGAAAUGUACUGCCGGAGCCUACAUGUUUCCUGAUACAAUGCUACAAGCAGCAGGAUGCUUUGUGGGGGUCGUCCUGUCCUCUGAGUUACCAGAAGAUGAUAGAGAGCUCUUUGAGGAUCUGUUAAGGCAAAUGUCUGACCUUCGGCUCCAGGCCAACUGGAACAGGGCAGAAGAAGAAAAUGAAUUCCAAAUCCCUGGAAGAAGUAGACCCUCCUCUGACCAACUGAAAGAAGCCUCUGGCACUGAUGUGAAACAGUUGGACCAGGGCAAUAAGGAUGUACGUCAUAAAGGAAAACGUGGCAAAAAGGCUAAAGAUACUUCAAGUGAAGAAAUUAAUCUGAGUCACAUUGUACCAUGUGAGCCAGUUGCAGAAGAAAAACCAAAAGAAUUACCUGAAUGGAGUGAGAAAGUUGCUCACAACAUUUUGUCAGGUGCUUCCUGGGUGAGUUGGGGUUUAGUCAAAGGUGCUGAGUUUACUGGCAAAGCAAUCCAGAAAGGUGCUUCUAAACUCCGAGAACGGAUUCAACCAGAAGAAAAACCUGUGGAAGUUAGUCCAGCUGUCACCAAGGGACUUUACAUAGCAAAACAAGCUACAGGAGGAGCAGCAAAAGUCAGUCAGUUCCUGGUAGAUGGAGUUUGCACUGUAGCAAAUUGCGUUGGAAAAGAACUAGCUCCACACGUCAAGAAGCAUGGAAGCAAACUUGUUCCAGAAUCUCUUAAAAAAGACAAAGAUGGGAAAUCUCCUCUGGAUGGUGCUAUGGUUGUAGCAGCAAGUAGUGUUCAAGGAUUUUCAACUGUCUGGCAAGGAUUGGAAUGUGCAGCUAAAUGCAUUGUUAACAAUGUUUCAGCAGAAACUGUACAAACUGUCAGAUACAAAUACGGGUAUAAUGCCGGAGAAGCUACCCACAAUGCGGUGGAUUCUGCUGUCAAUGUUGGUGUGACUGCCUACAAUAUUAACAACAUUGGUAUCAAAGCAAUGGUGAAGAAAACUGCAACACAAACAGGACACACUCUCCUUGAGGACUAUCAGAUAGUGGAUAAUUCUCAGAGGGAAAAUCAAGAAGGAGCAACAAGUGUCAGUGUGAGAGGAGAGAAGGAUGAGCAGACGAAGGAAGUAAAGGAGACAAAGAAGAAAGAUAAGUGAUGGAGUGCUGGGAAUCACCUAUACCAAAGCCUUAUGAAAUGGAUGAAAUUUCGUUAAAUAGACAAAUGUGGAAUUCCUCACAGAUUAACCAGUAUUUUUUAAAUGUAUUCAUUCCUACAAAUUACCUUUCAUAAAUUUUACAGCAUGUCUUCUAUUUAAAAGGAAAAGAAUAAGUAUUCUUGCAUCUAAUCUUAGAAAUACGAAGUUAUAUUCUCAAGUUUAUUUUUUUCCAAAUGCAGCUAAAAUAUUUUUGCAGAUAAAAUAAAGCUAAUAAUACGUGUGCUAUUUACACCUUAUUAAACCUAAUGUUGAGCUAUUUUUAUAUCUGCUAUCUUUCAGAAAGCAAAAUUGGUAAACUAUAGAUUUGCUUAAAAUUGGCAUUUAGUAACCUUAAUUCUUUUUGUAGAAGGAAUGACUUAAAGUAUUGUCUCCUCUUUUUGCACUAAUUGUGGAUUUUUUUAGAUGCUUCUCAAAAUUUUCAGUGCAUAAGCUAAACAAAAACUAAUCCUAAACUAAGAAUUCUCAAAAAGACUCGUUCAAAACAGGGAAAGACAGAUGAAAAGUAAAAUGGACUACAUUUGUAACUUACCUGUUUGUUAGGAAAUGUUCUUUUUGAUUUAAAAUGAAUACAAAUAGAUUAUUAAGUCUUUUGUAUUGAGACUAGUAUUAUUCUCUUAAUGAGCCUAGGAAGUUUGGUGGCAUUAUUGUAUUGUAUUAAAAUUCAACGUGAUUAUUAUCAGCCUAAUUGGAUAAACAAGUACUUUAUGAAAUUA